AGAACGUCAGGUGGUGGGGCCACGGUACCACCGAGAUGAGGCCUCCGGGCGGCCUAGAGAGGCCUGCGUGCGCUCGCGCUUCCGGGUUGGUGGUGUGGCGGGCUCUGGGGUGUAGAGGGUUCCGGCGAGUUGAUCGUCAGUUUACUGCUGGAGGUACCCGGUCACGGUGGGACCUUCUGUGCUCCCAGCCUGCCACAAGCGGACCGUCUUAUGUCUCGCUUAUCCAAAGCCGGAAGACAGAGUGCAAGAGCCAGGGACACCAGUCAUGCUUCAAACCGCUUGGCCUCAGGAGUUGGUGACCUUUGAGGAUGUGGCUGUGUACUUUACACAGAGUCAGUGGGACAGCCUGCAACCUGCGCAGAGGGCCUUGUACAGGGAUGUGAUGCUGGAGAACUAUGCCCAUGUGGCUUCUCUGGUUGAAUGUCCAGCUCCCAAACCCAUUCUCAUCUCCCAGCUGGAGAGAGGAGAAGCGCCCUGGGCCACAGAUCCCUGGGCCUCAGAGUGCCUAAGAGGCUGCAGUCCGGAUGCUGAGUCUUGGACCAAGGACGAAGAGCCCUCUUUGAAGCAGGAAGCCUCUGGAGAGAGAGCAGCCUGCAGGGUGCCCAGGGGGAGGGUGCUCAGAACGGAUGCUCAGCACUGUGCCGGUGAGGACAGCAGGACAGUGAGGCAGAUGUUCAGUUCCAAACCAAAGCUGGCCCAUCGAGGAGGCAUGAAGUGCUAUGAAUGCAAAGAAUGUGGGAAGAUCUUCAGGUUCAACUCCAAGCUGCUUCGCCACCAGAUGAGUCACACUGGGGAAAAGCCCUUCAAAUGUAAAGAGUGCGGCAAAGCAUUCAAGUUCAGCUACGAAUGCGUCAUCCACGAGAAGAAUCACCUCGGCGAGGGGCCCUAUGAGUGCAAGCAGUGUGGGAAAUGUCUGAGUUCCAACAGAUCCUUAACCCAGCACCAGAUGGUCCACAGCAGAGAGAAGCCCUAUGUCUGCCAGGAGUGCGGCAGGGCCUUCGGGAGGAGCUCGUCCUUCCUCCAGCACCAGAGGCUGCACACGGGGAAGAGCCUCUUCCAGUGCCAGGAGUGCCACAAAGUGUUUGGUUACAGGUCCCAGUUACUCAUCCACCAGCGAGUCCACACAGGGGAGAAGCCCUACCAGUGCCUGCAGUGUGGCAAGGCCUUCUCGUACAAAGUGGCUUCCCUUCAGCACCAGACAGUGCACACUGGGGAGAAGCCGUAUGCGUGCAAGGUGUGUGGGAAGGCUUUCAAGUGGUACAGGAGCUUUGCUCAGCAUCGGAAACUGCACUCCGUGGAGACGAAGCCGACUCAGGGUGAUCCAGCCUUAGCUCAGGCUCCUCUGUGGGAGCCACGUGCCUUUCCUGCAGCUGUGCCUCCCCUGGCCUUUCCUCGAGCUGUGCUGGUUCAGACUUCCAGCCCUUUGCUCAUGCUGCUGCCAGCAUCUGGAGGACCCUCCUCAUCUGCCCAGAUAACACUCAUCUUCCAGGGCCUUCCUCCGGCAGUGAAGACUUCCCCGGGUUGAAUUCCUCCUCGGCCCUCUGCAGCUUCAUCUUAGCACUUUCCUGAGUCCUUCCACCAGCAGCUGGUGCCACAUAAGCUCAUCUUGAUGAAUCCACUUGAGGACUGUGUGGGUAGAGAACAGAGCACUGGCCCCUGCACUCACAGCAAUGGCUGGGUCUGCACUGUAGGUCUGUUGGGCUUAGAGAGCUGGCAGGUUGAUUGGGAACCCCUGACUGGCCUGUUGUAAUGAGAAGCAACCUGCCUGGGGGCCAGUGAGAUGGCUUGCAAGCCAUACAGCCUGAGUUCCAUUCCUUGGGAUCCACACAGUAGAAGGAGAGAACUGACUCUCUCAAGUUUUCCUCUAACCCUCCACAUGGGCACCCUGGCACAAGUGCCACCUUACACACACACACACACACACACACACACACACACACACACACACGAGGAAGAAGCAUGCUAGGAGACAUGUAACACAUGCAGGAGUAGAGAAUUGGAAUGAGCUUCUGAUAAUGCAUUUUAGAAUUUAAUACAGAUUAUUUUUUUCAAGUUUUCUCAGUUUUGUUUUUAUGUGUGCACAUGCAUGCGAACGCAGGUGUCCUCAGAGUCCAGAAGUAGGGGUCAAGUCCCCACUUACAGGUAGUUGUAAAGAGCCUGAUAUGGGUGCUGGCGACUGAACUUGGGGUCCAGGAAGAACAGCAGGUGCCUUUAACUGCUGAGCUGUCUCUCCAGCCCCUGAC